UGCUUGUUCUAGUGAUAAACUGAGGCCUUGCCUCUCGGCUUCUCCCAGAACGAAAGGGGCGGGGGUGGGGGGGUAACCUCUUUACUCCCCCCAGGAUAGACAGAAAGAAGUGAUGAAGAAGGGGGAUGGGUAAGGAAGAGAAAAAUACCUGAGAAAGAAAACAUCCUCUGCCUGGGAGGAGACUGACGGGGUGUAGAGCUUGGAGGGAGCAUUCACUGGCCAUGCCAGUACUUACCACUGAUGCUGAGUCAGAAACAGGUAUCCCAAAAUCCCUUUCCAAUGAGCCUCCCUCAGAAACCAUGGAGGAAAUAGAGCACACAUGCCCACAGCCUCGACUGACUCUGACUGCUCCUGCCCCAUUUGCAGAUGAAGUCAGCUGCCAGUGCCAAGCGCCCCAUGAAAAACUGACCAUUGCUCAGGCCCGCCUAGGAACACCAGUUGACAGACCCGUCAGAGUAUAUGCCGAUGGGAUAUUUGACCUCUUCCACUCAGGCCACGCAAGGGCACUUAUGCAAGCAAAAACACUGUUUCCCAACAGCUACUUAUUAGUAGGAGUUUGCAGUGACGACCUUACCCACAAAUUCAAAGGUUUUACCGUGAUGAAUGAAGCAGAGCGAUACGAGGCUCUCAGACACUGUCGCUAUGUGGAUGAAGUCAUCAGAGAUGCUCCAUGGACACUCACACCAGAGUUUUUGGAAAAACACAAGAUUGACUUUGUGGCCCAUGAUGACAUUCCGUACUCAUCUGCUGGCUCAGAUGAUGUUUACAAGCACAUAAAGGAAGCAGGAAUGUUCGUUCCAACGCAGAGAACGGAAGGCAUUUCAACAUCAGAUAUCAUCACCAGAAUUGUCCGAGACUAUGAUGUGUAUGCCCGUCGCAACCUCCAGAGAGGGUACACAGCAAAGGAACUAAAUGUCAGCUUCAUAAAUGAGAAGAAAUACCGCUUUCAAAACCAGGUAGACAAGAUGAAAGAAAAGGUUAAGAAUGUGGAGGAAAGAUCGAAGGAAUUUGUUAACAGAGUGGAAGAAAAGAGUCAUGAUCUAAUUCAAAAGUGGGAAGAGAAGUCAAGGGAAUUCAUUGGCAACUUCUUAGAACUGUUUGGGCCAGAUGGAGCAUGGAAGCAGAUGUUCCAGGAGAGGAGUAGCCGGAUGCUGCAGGCCCUGUCCCCGAAGCAGAGCCCCGUGAGCAGCCCCACCAGGAGCCGGUCCCCUUCCCGCUCCCCGUCGCCCACCUUCUCCUGGCUCCCGGUCAAAACCUCACCCCCCUCCUCGCCCAAAGCUGCCUCAGCCUCCAUCAGCAGCCUGAGCGAGGGGGAUGAGGAUGAGAAGUAAAGGCUGCUGACAGACACAGGAGCCACACCACACAGGCUGGGGAGGAGGGCGGGGACACUGGGGAUGCCUGGGUGGUGGGUGUUUGAAGGGUUAAGAGUCGCAGGAGCUACAGCUUAGCAGGGAGGACCUGGGAAGGUCUGGAGACUUCAGUCUCCACUCAGCCCAACACCUGGGCCCUGCAUGGAGGUUUCCAGCUGGACAACCUAUAAACUUCAUUAGCAUCAUGUAGAAUCGCUGUACUUUAACCUUGCUAAGGAACGAUGCAGAGCACCCCGGGAGACUUGCACCCCAUGGGGUGCGUCCUGCUUUGGUCUUUACACCUACCCCCACCAAGUACACCACGUGUGGAAGCGGCUGUUCCCUCAACCCGCUACUUCCGGUUCCUAAGGGCCCUGCACGUUGCCCCCUGCCACCGCAGCUCUGCCAGAAUUCACCUGUCCCCAAUAGAGACAGUUGCGUCCGAGGCAAAUGCCAACCUUCUCAGUUUAGCCACUGAGACCCAGCGUUGUAAUGCAUCUGUUCUUUCCUGUCCCAGAAAUGAGAGCGCCACGGACGGCCUGAUGUGCUCCUGGUGGUACUUUCGCACCAUCGCUUUGACUUCAUUGCUUUUCCCUGUCACCAUCAUCUGUGGGAAAUGCAAUAAAGAACAACACUCUGUCUCGGAAAGGCCAGUGGAGCUGCUCUGCCUUGGCUUUCCCCAUUUCUGACCAGUUAGCCGUUUCAUGGACCUCAAGUAACAGUUUGAUGUACCAAACUACAUAGUAUACCAAUAGGGGGUGCUACCUGCAUGUGUCUGUUCUCGAACAUGCCAUCCAGGGUGCAGACCAUAUACAACCCGAGAACAGACUCCUCUCCUGUUCUCACUCUCACAACCCCCGUGAAAUCCUCGGUCUCCAGGCCUCUCUGGUUCCCUUGUGACUUGGGCACUUCGACAGCAGUUCAUCCUGGGGCCCUGUAGAAAUGUCUGGACCAGCCAGGAAAUCCGGGUGCUGUUCUCUUGGCUUCCCAUCAGAGUUUGGAGUGAAGGGAGGCUCUGAAAGAGUUUCACGGAGCAUUGUGGGAACUUAAGUUCUGAGCUCAGCAUCUCAGUGGUCCAGGGAGUAUUGUACUCACCCUUGGCCCUAGGUUUGCCAAACGGGAUGCCGACCCUAAGCAUUCCUGCUGAGUUAUUUGAAGUCACUAUCCCCACAUCCCAGAGAGGAAGUGAGCAGGUAGAGUCCAGGCGUAGAACCACACGCUGGGGUAGAAAAGGCAUUGCCAGGCUCUCCCAGUAAAGCCAGAGACAGAGGCCUGAACCAGCAACUGGCAGGCAGAGCCCAGCAUCUUGUGACACAAACACCCCUCUUCAGAGGCCUUGGGGACUGGCUUUGUGGGUGACAAGGGGGGCACGCAGUGAUGGAAGGUGGAUGUCUUUCCCCCUUGUGUUGGGGUUGAACUACCUCCCUGCUCACCAUGAAGCUAAGCUGGCUUGAAACCUCCUUGUUCUUGGCCUUUCCCCCAAGAACUCUGUCGAGCGCUCAUGUGGGACAGAGAGCUGUCAGGACCAUGGCCUGGGGGGAGAAAUUUCCGUUUUGCAGUCAAGGCCUAGAGACCGAGGAGGUCUCUGUCUUCAGUGAUGCACUCAGGGCAAACUGGGCACGCGUGCUUACUGCUUCAGUUGGGCGACACUCACAGCCAGGAAGAGAAGACGAGCGAGGCGAGACAAGGUGGUGAGAAACAGGGGAAGAGAAAAGAGGUGCCUGGAGAGAGGCCCAGGGCAGAUAGACUCACUUUUACCCGAAUCCUGCUCUGGAGCACAUAGUGUGGGGUUGAUGUAUCGGGCUGAUUAGAAGUUUGCAGGCCUCAUAUCCCCUACGAACAGGUGCCACUUACGUGACUCAGAUUCAGUGCCAUCAUAGCUGCCAAUUACGGGAAAUGCCCCAUGCUUGAGAUAUUCCAGAGAUGGGCCAAAAUGACCCCCAAGUGGGUUCUAAAUCUCAACGAAUGUCCCUCUCCUGAUCGCUAACAACACUUCCUAAGGUGACAAGACUACUGAGAAGGGAUGGGGGGCAGGGAUUCUGAAAUCUAACAGUUGAUGCUUUGCAACCAUCAGUUUCUCUCAGCCUCUCCCCCUUUCCUGGACAAGAAGGGGUGGUUCUGUUUGGGCCAGUCAGUCAACAGCAAUGGCCAACUGUGAGCGGGGGCUGCAGUGAGGGAUGUCCAAAGCAUGAUGCAAGCUUGGGGAGGUCGGCAGAAAUGACCAAAAGCAAGGAAGGAUUCUUUUUUUU